AUGUGCAUGAGUGUCUCUGCCGAAGUGUACUAUGUACGCGAAGGCCACGUCAAUAAUUACGCGCUUAAUUUUGUUGUACCAGUGCCGGCGAAUAUACGUGACAUCACGUUCACCUGGCAAAGUUUAGCCGGUCGACCGCUACCGUAUAGCAUUAAUGUAAUUACAUCAGAACCGGAGGUCUUGCCAAGACCCUUAAUGGUUAUACCACAAAUCGGCGAGAUACCAACUAGCGUACAGACAUUUACGAUCGGUCUAAAAUGCUCAGGCAUUCGCGCUUCCGAAGUGGACGUCUCGAUUUCCUUAGAGGUUAUACUCAAUCGAGCUCUUAACAAUGUGACUCAUUUGGUAUUUAGACGCAAAAAAAUGUGUUUGCUUGUCGAGCCAGAGGAAGAUAACACGGUGCAUGGACCGGUGCUGCUAGAGACUGCUGUACCACCACCAACAGGUAUGCUGACCAUCAUUGUGGGUAGCUCUUUGGCGUUAGCGCUUGUCAUAGUACUGCUAUUAACCGCUUACUGUGUACGACGCUCGGCAAAGCGUCAAAAUCAUGGUCAACCGAUGCGCACAUCAAGCUUUCAGCGUCUUAAUACGCAUGCUUCAUGUCAGCAGUCUGCCACCUACAAUGGUCACCCAUCUAUAAUUGCAUCGAUACAAAGCUCUCUGCCACGCAAAGUACAAGUAGAACCGCAACACCCGGAAGAGCUACACAGGCGUAUAUCGGAGUUGACAGUGGAACGUUGUCGCGUGCGUCUCUCUAGUCUGCUGCAAGAGGGCACAUUUGGACGCGUCUAUCGAGGAACAUAUAAUGACAAUCAAGAUGUGCUGGUGAAAACGGUGGCGCAGCAUGCCAGCCAAAUGCAAGUGUCUUUACUGCUGCAAGAAGGCAUGUCUCUGUAUGGAGCUUCUCAUCAGGGCAUUCUUUCGGUUUUGGGCGUCUCCAUUGAAGAUCAUACGACGCCUUUUGUUCUAUACUCUGCGCCGAACACUACUCGUAAUCUGAAACUUUUCCUCCUUGAUCCAUCUUGCGCAAGAACCAUAACUACCGUACAAAUAGUAAUGAUGUCCACACAGUUGGCCCAAGCUCUGGUUCACUUACAUAGUCAUGGCGUUGUACAUAAGGAUAUAGCAACGCGAAACUGUGUUAUUGAUGAUCAAUUGCGUGUGAAACUGUCGGACAGUUCUCUGUCCCGCGAUCUCUUUGCUUGCGACUACAAUUGUUUAGGUGACAGUGAAAACCGUCCAGUGAAAUGGCUUUCUUUGGAAGCUUUACAGCACAAACAGUUUUCGGAAGCGAGCGAUUCGUGGGCGUUCGGCGUACUUAUGUGGGAAUUAUGCACUUAUGCCAAGCAACCAUACUCGGAGGUGGAUCCCUUCGAGAUGGAACAUUAUCUGAAAGAUGGUUAUCGAUUAGCGCAGCCGUUCAAUUGUCCGGACGAACUCUUCACGAUAAUGGCCUACUGUUGGGCGCUUCUACCGGGCGAGCGUCCAUCAUUCGCUCAACUAAACGCCUGUCUCUCGGAGUUUUACGCCCAAGUGACACGUUAUGUGUAAACCGAUGUACUUGGAACAUCCCUCGCCAAUAUUAGACUGUAUUAUUGCUUCCUUACUCAAAUACUAUAUACAUAUGGAUAGGUACAUCAUCUAACGUACAUAUAGUAUUCAUCUAUAAUUAAUAUCUUAGCACUUCUCAAAAUCUAUAAACAGGCAAUCAUAAUAAAGGAAUAAACACAUAUUAACAUUUUUAAGUGUGUCAGAUUAGAAUCGUUUUUAGUUAGAAUAACUACUUCAAAUUGCCAAAUUAUAUAUAUCAUUAAAAAUUCAUAAGUUUUAGGAUUAUAUGGCGCAAAGUUUAGAUAUUGAGACCAUAAACAUAUUUUAAAGUUAGUCAUAAUUUUUAUUAAAAAAUUUUGUAAAUAAGAGAUUAUAAAAGUGUUUCAAUAUUCAAUUGUUUAUAAGUAUUUAGAAUAAUUAAAUGUAUACUUAUGCAUACAUACGUGUACAAAAACUUGUAUAUAAGUUCAAACAUGCGUACGUAUAUAAAUAUAUAUCUUAUUAGAAACGUUUAGUUAGUUUACCGUUACAUACAUAUAUCUGAAAUGAAUGUUCAUUUGUACAUCAAAGACUCAUGUUAUACAAUCUUCCUUAACUCGAUCGUGUAUACUGAUAAACAGUUGUAAACUUGUCGUUAUAAUUAUUCUUAUGAGUUUUACUACAAAAAAAUUAUAAAUUAAGCAAAUAAAGCCGUAAAUCAAUUUUUUAGUUGUGUAAGCACUAAUACAUAUGUAUACAUUCACAUAAUAGUAUACCCGUAUAGCCGUUGAAAUAAAGUUAAACUUACAUUUUAAGUAAAUUGAAAAUUUGUUACCCGCUUAACAAAUUAUCCAGUAUACGUACAUACAUAUGUAAAUAGGAUAAAUGAAAAAAAUACAUUUUUACAAUGGUUAAAUCAAAGUUUUUUGCGAGUUGUUUGUGUCAUUUAAUACAACAAAUAAAUUAAAAUUGUAAACUGUA